UGAGCUACCACGUGGAAGUUCACCAGGACCUGGAUCAGGAAGCGACUAUAGAGGUGCUGAAUAACUUCAGGAGUAACGAGGAUCUAGCUAAAGUCGACUCCAUGUUCGUGUGCAUGUUGAGUCAUGGCAUCGACCGGGAUACAUUCUACACCUCUGAUAUGAAAAGGAUGGACGUCUCUGCGGUGAGUAGUUCACGUGAAAUAAAACUGCUACACAAAAAAAAAAAAACGUUUAGAACUCACCAGGAGUUCCCGACGAUCUACCUCCGUCAGACAGCGAGGUCGAGGAACCUCCGUCGAGAACGGUCGAAGGAACCCGAAAAGGACGAAGCCCCCCGUGACAUGCUGACCCUCUACGCGUCGACGGAAGGCUUCAAGGCUUUUCGGGUUAGCCAAGGAACUUUCUUCGUCCUGUCCUUGUGCAAAGUUCUAGCCGCCCACGCCCACAACACGGACAUGCUCACCAUGGCUCAAAAGCUGGACCAGGUCAUGACAGCGAGACGACGCGCUACAACGCCGGAGGCACAGAGCUUCGCCUUCAAGAAGCUUUUCCUGAAUCCACUGAAGCCUUCCGCCGCAUGACCCUAUUCUGUGGCCAGCUUUCGUACUCGCUGUGGGCUUUCAGGUGUGUUUAUGGGUCCUACCUGUCUGCUCUUCAGUACUUUAACACUUGUGUGUGUGCUCAUACGUGCGGAUAGAUAGACAGAUGAUAGGUGGAUAGAUAGACAUGAUAGGUGGAUAGAUAGACAUGAUAGGUGGAUAGAUAGACAUG